AUGAUCAAAGUGAUCUCCAAACCUUCCCAGAAGAGACAGUCCAUGAAAAAUGCUGACUUGUGUAUAUCCUCCUGCUCCAAAGUGGCUUUGUUCAACCGUUUACGCUCACAGACGGUCAGCACUCGUUACCUCUCGGUGGACAGAGGAGCUUUCAUAGCCAGUGCCAGACAGUGGACAGCCUUCACCAUCACCAUGGUGGAUGACCAGCGUGCUGACCAGGGUGGGAUUGUGCUGAGUGAAGGCUUCAUCUGUUAUGGUUCUGUGGUCCAGUUCAUUUGCACUGAGUCAGGAGUUGCCCUGCCACCCAUGGUUAUCCGGAAGGUCAACAAGCAGCACGCCAUCUUAGACGUGGACGAACCCGUUUCUCAGCUACACAAGUGUGCCUUUCAUUUCAGAGACAAUCCCAACGCUUAUCUGUGCCUAUUGAAUGAUACCAUCAUACAGUACCAGGCUCCAUCCAGCAUCAGAGACUCCAGCAGGGUGGUGCUAAACGAUGGAUCCUGCUGGACCAUCAUUGGUGUGGAAGUGGUUGAAUUCACCUUUAAUCAGGGUUUGACCUGCAUUCAGACCCCAGUCAGUCCUUUUCCUGUUAUUAAUGGGUUAGAGGUGAACGGUGGAGGACAUGUUGCCAUGCUGGAGAUCCAUGGAGAAAACUUCAGCCCUCACCUCAAGAUGUUGUUUGGGAACAGAGAAGCUGAGACGAUGUUCAAGUCUCCCAAAUCUCUGCUCUGCGUUAUUCCUGAUGUUUCAGUUUAUAGUGACAGCUGGCGCUGCUUUCGUCGCAUUAUCACUCUUCCUUUGUCGCUCAUCAGAACUGACGGCCUCAUUUACCGUACAUCCUAUAGCUUCACCUACACCCCGGAGCUCCACCUGUCUGCAUCCUCCCGAGGGGCAACCGGAGGCAGAGAGGGAGGGGCAGAUGGAGGCCAGGAGGAUGGAGAGGACAUCCUGUUAGAGACAAUUCAUCAAGAAUUCACCAGAACUAAUUUUCACCUCUUCAUGCAGAGUUAA